UAUCACUUGAUAGACUUAGUUUUCAUUGUGACUUCGUCGACAUUAGAAGAUGUCAUGUUGGGGCUCACGUUUAUCGGAGUCCUCUUCUCCGGUGUGUUCUCUCAGGAUCUCAUCGGUGUACACUAUACCUUCGAUGAUGACUUCGAAAGGAUCUUUGAUAAUAGAUCUUGUGGCAAACAUGAUAAUUGGAGUCUUGUGGAUUAUAUCGACUUGAAAAUCUCUUCACCGUUCAGCCAGAAAGGUAUAAGAUCGAGGAAAAAUAGUUGCGCAACAUCUUUUCCUAUUGUGUUCUUUGAUAGCAGCGUUUUGGAUUUAAAUGUAUUUCUUGAUGUGACAGCUGCGGAAAGUGGAUUGCAAAUCAAUGUUCUUGAUGAGAAUGGUAUUUCUGAAGUAGCGUAUUGGUAUAAUAAAAAUAAUGGAAAUUAUAAGCUUGGAUGGAGUACAAUUUCUAUUGCUAUACAAACAAAUUUAACUGGAUAUAUUAAUCUAAUUGGCCAUAGUCAGGACCAUGAAAUUGUUGUUGUGGAUUCCUUUAAAUAUGUCGCUAGUCCUACUGUAGACUGGAAAAAAGACAAUUUAAAUAUAGCCAAAGUUUAUGAACCAGAUGAAUUAUUAGGAAACAUACACGAAGAAAUCGAUUUACUAUUUGAUGAUGGCAGCGGAGAAGGUUCUGGUGAAGAAUACGAUUUACAUUUAGGUGAUGAGCUUGAAGAAGAUGAUUUAGAUGAAAAAGGUGUAACUAAAAUAGAAGAAUAAAUGCAAUUCAACGAAAUAUCCAACAAGAUUAUUUAUUUUUAAAAUGACUGACAGAGAGAAAAAGGCUUUUUGAAAGCUACA